GGUCAGUAACAACAGACCUGUGUUCUAUCUUCUGUGGGGACUAAAAGAGAAGGGGCCAGAAUGAGUUCAGACGCAGAGAUGGAGGCCUAUGGGCCUGCAUCCAUAUUCUUACGGAAGCCAGAGAAGGAAAGACUUGAAGCACAAAACACAAUAUUUGAUGCCAAAACAGCCUAUUUUGUGACUGAUGCUGUAGAUAUGUAUGUCAAAGGCAAACUCACCAAACGAGAGGGUGGCAAAGCCACAGUUGAUACAUUUGCUGGAAAGACAGUGACUGUGAAAGAGGACGACAUCUUUCCCAUGAACCCUCCAAAAUAUGACAAAAUUGAGGACAUGGCCAUGAUGACCCACCUCAAUGAGCCCGCUGUGCUGUAUAACCUCAAAGAGCGUUUUGCAUCAUGGAUGAUUUACACCUACUCUGGCCUGUUCUGUGUGGUCGUAAAUCCCUACAAAUGGCUGCCAGUGUAUGAUGCACAAGUUGUUGGAGCAUACAGGGGUAAGAAGAGGAUUGAGGCACCACCCCACAUCUUCUCCAUCUCUGACAAUGCCUAUCAGUUCAUGCUCACAGAUCGUGAAAACCAGUCUAUCCUUAUCACUGGAGAAUCCGGUGCAGGGAAGACUGUUAACACCAAGCGUGUCAUUCAGUACUUUGCAACAAUUGCAGUGACCGGAUCCAAAAAAGAGACUAGCAAAAUGCAGGGUUCACUGGAAGAUCAAAUUAUUGCAGCUAACCCUCUGCUGGAGGCCUAUGGUAAUGCCAAGACUGUGAGGAAUGACAAUUCCUCUCGUUUUGGUAAAUUCAUCAGAAUUCACUUUGGGUCUACUGGCAAGCUAUCCUCUGCAGAUAUUGAAACAUAUCUGCUGGAGAAGUCUCGUGUCACCUUCCAGUUGUCCGCUGAGAGGAGCUACCAUAUCUUCUACCAGCUUGCAACUGGCCACAAGCCUGAACUCCUAGAGGCUCUUCUGAUCACCACCAACCCCUAUGACUAUCCAAUGAUCAGCCAGGGUGAAAUCACUGUCAAGAGCAUCAAUGAUGUGGAGGAGUUCAUUGCAACAGAUCUGGCCAUUGACAUCUUGGGAUUCACUAGUGAUGAAAAGGUUGGCAUGUACAAGCUGACUGGAGCUGUGAUGCACCAUGGCAACAUGAAAUUCAAGCAGAAGCAGCGUGAGGAGCAGGCUGAACCUGAUGGCACUGAGGUUGCUGAUAAAAUUGCCUACCUCAUGGGUCUGAACUCAGCUGAUAUGCUGAAAGCUCUGUGUUACCCAAGAGUCAAGGUUGGGAAUGAGUUUGUAACCAAAGGUCAGACUGUCCCACAGGUGAACAAUUCAACCAUGGCUCUGUGCAAGUCAGUCUAUGAGAAAAUGUUCUUGUGGAUGGUCAUCCGUAUCAAUGAGAUGCUGGACACAAAACAGGCCAGGUCUUAUUUCAUUGGUGUGCUGGAUAUCGCUGGAUUUGAGAUCUUUGAUUACAACAGCUUGGAGCAGCUCUGCAUCAACUUCACCAACGAGAAACUGCAACAGUUUUUCAACCAUCACAUGUUUGUCCUGGAGCAAGAGGAGUACAAGAAAGAAGGCAUUGAGUGGGAGUUCAUUGACUUUGGUAUGGACUUGGCUGCUUGCAUUGAGCUGAUUGAGAAGCCAAUGGGCAUCUUCUCCAUUCUCGAAGAGGAGUGCAUGUUCCCCAAGGCAACAGAUACUUCUUUUAAGAACAAGCUGUAUGAUCAGCAUCUUGGCAAGAGCAAAGCCUUUGAGAAGCCAAAGCCUGGCAAGGGCAAGUCUGAGGCUCACUUUGCCCUGGUUCACUAUGCUGGUACAGUGGACUACAACAUCACUGGCUGGCUGGACAAGAACAAGGACCCACUGAACGAUUCAGUUGUUCAGCUCUACCAGAAGUCUGCAAACAAACUGCUGGCGUACUUGUAUGCAUCCCAUUCUUCAUCUGAUGCCGAGGCUGGUGGCAGCAAGAAGGCUGGUAAGAAGAAGGGUGGUUCCUUCCAGACUGUGUCUGCUCUUUUCAGAGAGAACUUGGGCAAACUGAUGAGCAACUUGAGGAGCACUCACCCUCACUUUGUACGUUGCCUGAUUCCCAAUGAAACAAAGACCCCAGGUCUUAUGGAGAACCCCCUGGUCAUCCACCAGCUGAGGUGUAACGGUGUGCUGGAAGGUAUCAGAAUCUGCAGAAAGGGCUUCCCCAGCAGAAUCCUCUACGGUGACUUCAAGCAGAGAUACAAAGUACUGAAUGCCAGUGUCAUCCCAGAGGGACAGUUUAUUGACAACAAGAAAGCUUCAGAGAAGCUGCUUGGCUCCAUUGAUGUGGAUCACACUCAGUACAAGUUUGGUCACACAAAGGUGUUCUUCAAAGCUGGUCUGCUGGGUACCCUGGAGGAGAUGAGAGAUGAGAAACUGGCUGAGCUGGUGACCAUGACUCAGGCCCUCUGCAGAGGAUAUGUCAUGAGGAAGGAGUUUGUUAAGAUGAUGGAGAGGAGAGAGUCCAUCUACUCCAUCCAGUACAACAUCCGUUCAUUCAUGAAUGUCAAAAAUUGGCCAUGGUUGAAACUGUACUUCAAGAUCAAGCCUCUUCUGAAGAGUGCAGAGACUGAGAAGGAAAUGGCUCAGAUGAAGGAGAACUUUGAGAAGAUGCAGACAGACCUGACUACUGCCCUGGCCAAGAAGAAGGAACUGGAGGAGAAGAUGGUGUCCCUCAUGCAGGAGAAGAAUGACCUGCAACUUCAAGUGGCUUCUGAAGUUGAGAAUCUCUCUGAUGCUGAGGAAAGGUGUGAAGGACUCAUUAAGAGCAAGAUCCAGAUGGAGGCUAAACUCAAAGAGACAACUGAGAGACUGGAGGAUGAAGAGGAAAUCAAUGCUGAGCUGACUGCAAAGAAGAGGAAGCUGGAGGAUGAAUGCUCUGAGCUGAAGAAGGACAUUGACGACUUGGAGCUCACCUUGGCUAAAGUGGAGAAGGAGAAACAUGCCACAGAAAACAAGGUGAAAAACCUGACAGAAGAGAUGGCAUCUCAAGAUGAGACCAUUGCCAAGUUGACCAAGGAAAAGAAAGCUCUCCAAGAGGCACACCAGCAAACCCUUGAUGAUCUCCAGGCAGAGGAAGACAAAGUCAACACUCUGACCAAGUCUAAGACCAAGCUUGAGCAGCAAGUGGAUGAUCUUGAAGGAUCUCUGGAGCAAGAGAAGAAGCUCCGCAUGGAUCUUGAGAGAGCCAAGAGAAAGCUUGAAGGAGAUCUGAAACUGGCCCAGGAAUCCAUUAUGGAUCUGGAGAAUGACAAGCAGCAGUCAGAGGAGAAAAUCAAGAAGAAGGACUUUGAGACCAGUCAGCUCCUGAGCAAGAUUGAGGAUGAACAGUCUCUUGGUGCUCAGCUUCAAAAGAAGAUCAAGGAACUCCAGGCCCGCAUUGAGGAGCUGGAAGAGGAGAUUGAGGCUGAGAGAGCUGCUCGGGCCAAGGGUGAGAAGCAGAGGGCUGACCUCUCCAGGGAGCUGGAGGAGAUCAGUGAGAGGCUUGAGGAAGCUGGUGGAGCAACAGCCGCUCAGAUUGAGAUGAACAAGAAGCGUGAGGCUGAGUUCCAGAAGCUGCGUCGUGAUCUUGAAGAGGCAACCCUUCAGCAUGAAGCUACUGCAGCAGCUCUUCGCAAGAAGCAGGCUGACAGUGUUGCUGAGUUGGGUGAGCAGAUCGACAACCUCCAGCGUGUCAAGCAGAAGUUAGAGAAGGAGAAGAGCGAGUACAAGAUGGAAAUCGAUGACCUCAGCAGCAACAUGGAGUCUGUGGCCAAGGCUAAGGCUAAUCUGGAGAAACUGUGCAGAACAAUAGAAGACCAAUUGAGUGAAAUCAAGUCAAAAAAUGAUGAGAAUGUUCGUCAGCUCAAUGAUAUAAGUGCACAGAGGGCCAGACUUCAAACAGAGAAUGGUGAGUUUACACGCCAAGUUGAGGAGAAGGAGGCCCUUGUUUCCCAGCUGACCAGAGGCAAACAGGCUUACACUCAGCAGAUUGAGGAGCUGAAGAGGCACAUUGAGGAAGAAGUGAAGGCCAAGAAUGCCCUGGCCCAUGCAGUUCAGUCUUCCCGCCAUGACUGUGAUCUGCUCAGAGAGCAGUUUGAGGAGGAGCAGGAGGCCAAGGCUGAGCUUCAAAGAGGAAUGUCCAAGGCCAACAGCGAGGUGGCUCAGUGGAGAAGCAAAUAUGAGACUGAUGCCAUCCAGCGCACUGAGGAGCUGGAGGAGGCCAAGAAAAAGCUUGCCCAGCGUCUCCAGGAAGCUGAAGAAUCCAUUGAGGCUGUUAACUCCAAGUGUGCCUCUCUGGAGAAGACCAAGCAGAGGCUGCAGGGUGAGGUUGAGGACCUCAUGAUUGAUGUGGAGAGAGCUAAUGCUCUGGCUGCUAACCUUGACAAGAAACAGAGGAACUUCGACAAGGUCCUUGCAGAGUGGAAGCAGAAGUAUGAGGAAAGCCAGUCAGAGCUGGAAGGAGCCCAGAAGGAGGCCCGCUCUCUGAGCACUGAGCUGUUCAAGAUGAAGAACUCCUAUGAGGAAGCUCUGGAUCAUCUGGAGACCAUGAAGAGGGAGAACAAGAACCUUCAACAGGAGAUCUCAGACCUAACAGAACAGAUUGGUGAGACUGGUAAGAGUAUCCACGAGCUGGAAAAGGCUAAGAAGGCUGUUGAAAGUGAGAAGUCUGAAAUUCAGACUGCUCUAGAGGAGGCUGAGGGCACACUGGAGCACGAGGAAUCCAAGAUCCUCCGUGUUCAGCUUGAGCUCAACCAGGUCAAAGGAGAAGUUGACAGGAAGCUGGCAGAGAAGGAUGAGGAAAUGGAGCAGAUCAAGAGGAACAGCCAGAGAGUGAUUGACUCCAUGCAGACUACUCUUGAUGCUGAGGUCAGGAGCAGGAAUGUCAAGAAGAAGAUGGAGGGAGACCUGAAUGAAAUGGAGAUUCAGCUGAGCCAUGCCAACAGGCAGGCUGCUGAGGCCCAGAAACAGCUGAGGAACGUCCAGGGACAACUCAAGGAUGCCCAGCUUCACCUGGACGAUGCUCUCAGAGGACAGGAAGACAUGAAGGAGCAGGUUGCUAUGGUGGAGCGCAGAAAUGGUCUGAUGCUGGCUGAGAUCGAGGAGCUGAGAGCUGCUCUGGAGCAGACAGAAAGAGGCCGCAAAGUGGCCGAGCAGGAGCUGGUUGAUGCCAGUGAGCGUGUCGGCCUUCUGCACUCUCAGAACACAAGCCUUCUGAAUACAAAGAAGAAGCUGGAAGGUGAUCUGGUGCAGAUUCAGAGUGAGGUGGAUGACUGUGUCCAGGAAGCAAGGAAUGCUGAGGACAAAGCUAAAAAGGCCAUCACUGAUGCUGCCAUGAUGGCUGAGGAGCUGAAGAAAGAGCAGGACACCAGUGCUCACUUGGAGAGGAUGAAGAAGAACCUGGAGGUCACAGUGAAGGACCUGCAGCACCGUCUGGAUGAGGCUGAGAACCUCGCCAUGAAGGGUGGCAAGAAGCAGCUCCAGAAACUGGAGUCCAGGGUGCGUGAGCUGGAGUCUGAAGUCGAGGCUGAGCAGAGACGUGGAGCUGAUGCUGUUAAGGGAGUCCGCAAAUAUGAGAGGAGAGUGAAGGAGCUGACCUACCAGACUGAGGAGGACAAGAAAAAUGUGUCCAGACUUCAGGACCUUGUUGACAAGCUGCAGCUCAAAGUCAAGGCUUACAAGAGACAGGCGGAGGAGGCUGAGGAGCAUGCCAACACUCACAUGUCAAGGCUCAGGAAGGUGCAGCAUGAGCUGGAAGAGGCUCAGGAGCGUGCUGACAUUGCUGAGUCCCAGGUCAACAAGCUGAGAGCCAAGAGCCGUGAUGUUGGAAAGGGAAGUGACUCCGCUGAGUGACGCGCAGCUGAUGGACGUGAGGCCUUUUAACCGUGUUCAUAUAAUAUGAGCACCUGAGAGCUCCCUUCUGUAAAUCGACAAUAAACAUUUAAAACUAUUCAUGGGGACUGUUUUUCUUUUAAUGGAAAUU